GCCGCUGCUUCCUGUCGGGCUUUCAUUCCUCGUCACGACUGGAUUCGAAAUUUGGAAGUAAAGUCACCUCCCUUGCUCGCCGCAGCUAUCGGCAACUGCCACUGUAUCCCGUGCUCUUUUCCGGCGAAUCUCCGGCGGAAUACCAGAUCAGGAGUUAUGGUACAUAUCUCUUCGAAUCUGGUCCCUAGAGGUUACUGACACCUUACGUGAUCUAACCACCGCUCAGAGAGGCAUGUCGCGACCUAUUGCUUAUUGUCACUUGGUGGUGUUUGGCAAAACACUAUAAGUUCCUGCCAGCCUGGCUUCUCAGGAUCAGGCUUGCUUGACUCAGUUGAAGAUUAUUAUGUUUGCUGGAUACAUCACAUGGCUGAUGUACAAUUUUUGUAGGUUAUUUCGCACUGCUUAUUUCUUUCAAGGAAACCCAUUCGACUCCCUCGUCACUGGAAGUAGCUAUGCAACCAACUGGUGUUAGGGACACCCAACUCCGCGACAGCAAUAGUCAGAAAGUCCACCCUCAACCCAUGGAAGAGGCGACCAAUCAGAAUCCAGAACCAGUGGAAUCCCUGAUAUCAAAGAUUUUCACUAACAUCUCCUCCCUUAAGUCGGCCUACAUCCAACUCCAAGACGCCCACACUCCUUAUGACCCUGAUAAAAUCCAAACUGCAGACAAACUUGUAAUUUCCGAACUGAAGAAUCUCUCUGAACUCAAACAUUUCUACAGGGAGCACAAUCCAAAGCCGGUAAGUGUUUCUCCUCAAGACUCGCGCUUAGCUGCUGAAAUCCAAGAACAGCAGAGCCUUUUGAAAACCUAUGAGGUCAUGGUGAAGAAGUUCCAAUCUGAAAUUCAAAAUAAAGACACAGAAAUUCAUCAGUUGGAGCAACAGAUCCAAGAGGCUAUUCAGAAGAGGGAAAAACUGGAGAAGAAUCUAAAGCUUAGAGGGUUAUCCUCGAAAGAAUCAGAAAGUUCGGGUUGUGAAAGUGGAAGUUCCCCUGUGGAUUUAACCCCCGACCUCUUCACCUCAGUCGUUGAAACUGCUUACAAAGCCAUUCACGAUUUUUCUAAGCCGUUGAUCAACAUGAUGAAAGCAGCCGGGUGGGACCUAGAUGCUGCGGCAAACUCCAUUGAACCUGAUGUCGUUUACGCAAAGAGAGCUCACAAAAAGUACGCAUUUGAACACCAUAUUUGCCUACGGAUGUUCACUGGGUUCCAACAAGAAAGCUUCUCUGUCAAUCAGGAAAAUCUUACUUUCAGUAAAGAAAGUUUCUUCCGGCAGUAUCUUGCUUUGAGGGAACUGGACCCAUUAGAUGCUGUGGGUCAAGAUCCAGACUCCAUUUUUGGGAAAUUUUGCCGGAGCAAAUACCUAGCUGUGGUUCAUUCGAAGAUGGAGGCAUCAUUUUUUGGGAAUUUGGAUCAGCGGAACUAUGUCAUGGGAGGUGGGCAUCCACGGACACCUUUCUAUGUGGCUUUUCUCAAACUGGCCAAGUCAAUCUGGCUUUUGCACAGGUUGGCUUAUUCUUUUGAUCCACCUGUUAAGGUAUUCCAAGUGAAUAAGGGAAGUGAUUUCUCUGAGGUGUAUAUGGAAAGUGUCGAGAAAAAUUUGGUUCCGGAAGAAAACGAUGAGAAGCCAAAGGUUGGGCUGAUGGUCAUGCCUGGUUUUUGGAUCGGGGGAAGUUUGGUCCAGUGCCGGGUUUAUUUAAUAGGUGCGAGGGUUGCUGAAUGACUUGCACUCAAUGUAAACCGAAUGCUCGCUCAAAAUGUGUACGUCUCUGUUGUGUUUAUCACCCUAUGUUGCCUAUUUAGUAGUAGUACUUUAUUGCUGCUGUAUUUGUUGUUGUAUACUGGUUUGGAAUGGAAUGUGAUGUGCUGUUUAUGUCCUGCCUAA